AUGCGUCGAAAUGUGCGUGUCCUGGUCAAGUACACAGUGGUGUCCUGCGCUGUGCUACUGUUCGUGACACUGCUCCUGCGAACCUUCAACCUGGACAGCAAACGGGAACCGCUGAGAGCCUUUUUCUCGCCCGCCUUACUUGUCCAGCAGCAUGCGAGGCAGGGUUCGUUUUUCAACGAGCCGGCCAAGAACGUGAACGGGAAGCAGAUCGAUUGGCACGACUACGAGCAGAUUCACCUGGAAGGGAAGCGUGCCGGCAUCGGCGAACAGGGGAAGGCCGGACGAUUGGGCGAGAAAGAUGCGGAGCUGAAGGACAAGCUGUUCAAGAAGAACGGCUUUAACGCGGUGUUGAGCGAUUUGAUCUCGCUGAACCGCUCGCUCCCAGACAUUCGGCAUCGCGGUUGCCGCAAGAAGAAGUAUCUGAGCGAGCUGCCGACCGUGAGCGUGGUGGUGCCGUUUUACAACGAACAUUGGAGCACCUUGCUGCGGACGGCAUCCAGUGUGUUGCUUCGGUCGCCGGCCGAGCUGAUCGUGGAGAUCAUUCUGGUGGACGACUGCAGUACGAAGGAGUUUCUGAAGGGCCAGCUGGAUGAUUAUGUUGCGGAGAACAUGCCGAAGGUGAAGGUUGUGCGCCUACCGGAACGAUCGGGGUUGAUUGCGGCCCGGCUGGCCGGUGCCAAGGUGGCCUCAGGUGACGUGCUAAUCUUCCUGGACUCUCACACCGAAGCGAACGUGAACUGGCUGCCGCCGUUGCUGGAACCGAUCGCUAUCGAUUACCGGACGUGCGUGUGUCCCUUCAUCGACGUCAUCGACUGGGACACGUUUGAGUAUCGCGCACAGGACGAAGGGGCACGCGGUGCGUUCGAUUGGAAGUUUUUCUACAAACGGCUACCGCUGCUCCCGAAGGAUCUACAGAACCCGACCGAGCCGUUCGAAAGUCCCGUCAUGGCCGGCGGCCUGUUUGCCAUCAGCACCAAGUUUUUCUGGGAACUCGGUGGCUACGACGAGGGGCUCGAUAUAUGGGGCGGCGAGCAGUACGAGCUUAGCUUCAAGGUGUGGCAGUGCGGAGGCAAGAUGUACGAUGCGCCCUGCUCUCGGGUGGGCCACAUUUACCGUGGUUACGCUCCGUUCGGCAAUCCGCGCAAAAAGGACUUCUUGACGCGCAACUACAAACGUGUGGCGGAGGUGUGGAUGGACGAGUACAAAGAGUACCUGUAUAUGCGCGACCGCAAGAAGUACGACAAAACGGACGUGGGCGACAUUUCCCGCCAGCUGGCCAUCCGCGAGCGGCUGCAGUGUAAACCCUUCAAGUGGUUCAUGACGCACGUGGCGUUUGAUUUGGUUGAAAAAUACCCACCAAUCGAGCCACCGGACUUUGCGAACGGAGCCAUCCAGAGCGUGGCCAAGCCGGCGCUCUGCGUGGACACGAUGAACCACGGUGAAAAGCAGCCCGUGGGGCUGUACUCGUGCGCCGAGGACAAAGCGCAACCGCAGCCAAACCAAUUUUUCCAGCUCUCCUGGCACCGGGAUUUGCGCAUCAAGUUUGGCGAACUGUGUUGGGACGUGUCGGAGAGUUUGCCGAACGCAAAAAUCCUGCUGUACCACUGCCACGGUGGCCAGGGCAACCAACUGUGGCGGUACGACCACGACAGCCAGAUGUUGAAACAGGGCAAAAACAAUCGCUGCCUGGACAUGGAUCCGGUCGGGCGCGAGGUGUUUGUGAACGCGUGCGACCUCACGAAUCCGCACCAACGGUGGCGCUGGGGUUUCGUAAAUUCCACCUCCAUCAGUCAGUGGGAAACGUACGGGGCGAAGCUGAUUGAAUGACGCAUUCAGCAUAAACGGAUAUCGGAAGCACAUGCAUAUUGUAGUACAAUCAACUGCACACAGCCGUGUGAACAAUCGAACAUCGGGAUCGAAGUGCACGACGACGACGACGAGACCGCCGCACAGAAAGAGAGAGGAGUGAUGUGAUUUCAUCAUGUUUUAAGGUUGUGAAACUGUUAUCAAAAAACGACAACAUUAAUUAUGCUCAACUCUAGCGUUCUAGCAUUCCUAGGGGUACUUUACGGAAGAUAAAUACUUUAUUUUUCCUCGCCUUGCCUAUCAUACACGCCACCGGAGCCAACGUGUGCCAUUGUUGUAAAUUUUGAAAGGCAUCCUAACCAAGGCUUUUACUGUUAACACUAUAUCAGCUAAAACGAAACGAAGACAAUAGAUUUCAGGACACACCCGGCAGCCCGCCGCGUUCGGACGUGUAAAACAGCUGGGAUAGCACUUUAAUUCAGAAACAUUGACUG